UUACUUUCCAAUCGAUCUCGUUGUGGUUCCGUGUGACCCUGCGCCGCCGCCCCUCGCUUCUCGACAGGGAAGACCGGCAGAGGGUGCUCCAAUUCGCGGCGACUGAAUCCAUCAGAGACCACGAGACAACGACUGCCUGUGUGCUUUACCAGUAUCAUACAUCAACAUAUCAAAUUCAACUUCAAGGAAUCAAGUUAAUCUGUAUUUUGGAGCAAUGAGUACCUGUAAAAAGGCCAGGGCGGAAGCUACGUCUGUUGUGAGUCCAGACAGACUGAGCUGUCUACCUCGAGAGAUAAAGGGCGAAAUCCUCUCCCAUUUGAACAUCGAAGAAGCAAUUAGGACUAGCACCUUAUCAAGUAUUUGGAGGGAUGCAUGGACUGAUACGCCAAAGAUAUUUCUGCGUGAUGGAAAUUUUCCAAGAACCAAGUUCGUUAUGUUGGUCGAAAUGGUGCUAUCACUCCACAAGGGAACAAUAGAGAAGUUUGAUAUAUCAGGUGAAGGAAGUUACCAUGAUGAGUUCGCUAGGUGGAUGCUCAUGCUGUCAAGGAGAUCACCAAAAUCAGUUAUAAUCAAUUUGAACUCAUGGCCAAGGUAUAGGAUUCCCUCAUGCCUCUUUUCUGUUGCUGAUCUGAAGUCUCUUCGCCUGGAAAACUGCAUUAUCAGCUUGCCCCGGGAAUUCGAAGGUUUCAAGAGCCUAACUUACCUUAGCCUGAACAUUUUCUCCUCCACAGACAGGGAUAUUCAAUAUCUGGUCUCCUUUUGCCCUGUACUGACUAAUUUGAGAUUAAGUUCUUUCGAGGGUAUCGACUGUCUAAAUAUUCAAGCUCCUAAACUGAAAUAUCUUCGUGUUAAUGGGGACUUUGUAUACAUUAAAUUGGAUGUCCCAAAUCUGAAAUGGGCCAUUCUCUCUCUUCGUCACGAAGUUAAAGCAUAUCAAUCUGUUCCAAUUGUCCAUGACAAGGAAAGCUAUCUCAAGCAGUCAUUGGGAAGCCUAAGUGACAUCGAAACACUUUCAGUUAGUGGUUUUUUCCUGAAGUAUCUAUCAAAUGGAUGCAUGCAUACGAAGCUCCCUGUCGUGUUUCGUCGCUUGGAGAAUAUUUAUCUUGGCAUAUGCUUUUGGGACCAAAGCGAAGUCUCGGCUGCUUGUUCAUUGUUUCAGAAAGCCCCUAACCUAAAGAUGCUUGAGCUAUGGAGUUACCCUUUGGGCCUGUCGGAUCAGGAUCAGGUAAGCAUUACUGUGCAAGUGCAAAUGGACCAUCUCAUAACGGCCAGUGUGGAAGAUUUCGGGGGUCUGGACUACGAAAUCAAUUUCGUGGCAAAGCUUCUGAGCUGGGCACCAGCUUUGGAAAAACUGAAUAUAAAGUGGAACGGCGAAACGGACUGCGGCAGGGUUCUUGCCAAGCUAUUAGCGCUGCCGAGGGUGUCUCCCAGGGCCAAGGUCACUGUUACAUUCUGAUAAGCAUGCACCCCUAUAGUCUACGUAGCAUCCCCCAUCACUUUGCCGAUUUAAUUUGCUGUUGGGUAGAAUUAUUUCGUCUUUGUCCUUGCUGCUGGUUAAUAUAUGUAUGUGUGCUUCAGGGUUGAGGCAGUCCGUUUUCUGAAGCCUACUUAAUGUGCUAUCAGCACAUUGUUUUCCAUAUGAUACACCAUUCGACAUUUCUUUGUGCAAUGGGUGACACAGUGAGACACACAAGCCGCUACCGCUGUUCGUCCACUUGCUGGAGACUCGCACACCGCCCCACGCUUCCUUGUCCUGUUAUCUCCCUUUGUUCCGCAUAUGGUAAAUUUCCUGGUUCUGGCAAAUAUAUGUGUCCAUAAGAAGCGAUGACAUAUGUGAAGGCACCUUCAUGUUGUAUCAACAAGAUUGAACCAAAGACAUCAAAUUGUACCUUCAUAUUGCACUUUCUGCAUGAGUAGACAUAUGAAGCCUGAAGUAAUAAGAUCAAAGCUGCCCAUGCCUGUAUCAGUGUACUUUCAGGAAUCAGAUUUGUUUACAUUGGUUUCAGAUUGGAAUGAAU